GGCACAGCUUGGCUCUGCACUGCCGUGUGACUAGAAAUUGUAAUCGCGGAGAAAGAGAGAGACAGACAGAGCCUGGCCGAGAGAGACCGAGACAGACGGACAGACAGACAGAGAAUCUGACCCAGACGGGCUCCCCAACCUGUGGAGAGGGUGAUGGGGACUGAGCAAGACACCACCUCGAAGGAAGCCCUGGAGAACUGGGGAGGCAGAGCCCCCCGCCGGCUGGAGGCAUGUGGAGGGGGGGGCCUGGGGCCCAGGGAGAGGCCCAGCGGAAGCGGAGCCACCGGGCCCCCCGGCGCCCACGCGGAGCAUGAGCAUUGAGGAUGGCGUGCGCCCGCAGCUCCCCGUGCCCCCCACUGCCGCCCGGUAGGAUGUCCUGGCCCCAUGGGGCCCUGCUCUUCCUCUGGCUCUUCUCCCCACCCCUGGGGGCCGGCGGGGGCGGCGUGGCCAUGACCCUGGCCGCCGGAGGGGGCUCCCCGCCGGCCACCUCCUGCCCCGCGGCCUGCUCCUGCAGCAACCAGGCCAGCCGGGUGAUCUGCACGCGGAGAGAGCUGGCCGAGGUCCCCGCCAGCAUCCCUGUCAACACGCGGUACCUGAACCUGCAGGAGAACGGUAUCCAGGUGAUCCGGACAGACACGUUCAAGCACCUGCGGCACCUGGAGAUCCUGCAGCUGAGCAAGAACCUGGUGCGCAAGAUCGAAGUGGGCGCCUUCAACGGGCUGCCCAGCCUCAACACCCUGGAGCUGUUCGACAACCGGCUGACCACGGUGCCCACGCAGGCCUUCGAGUACCUGUCCAAGCUGCGUGAGCUCUGGCUGCGCAACAACCCCAUCGAGAGCAUCCCCUCGUACGCCUUCAACCGCGUGCCCUCCCUGCGCCGCCUCGACCUGGGCGAGCUCAAGCGGCUGGAGUACAUCUCGGAGGCGGCCUUCGAGGGCCUGGUCAACCUGCGCUACCUCAACCUGGGCAUGUGCAACCUCAAGGACAUCCCCAACCUGACGGCCCUGGUGCGCCUGGAGGAGCUCGAGCUGUCCGGCAACCGGCUGGACCUGAUCCGCCCGGGCUCCUUCCAGGGCCUCACGAGCCUGCGCAAGCUGUGGCUCAUGCACGCCCAGGUGGCCACCAUCGAGCGCAACGCCUUCGACGACCUCAAGUCGCUGGAGGAGCUCAACCUGUCCCACAACAACCUGAUGUCGCUGCCCCACGACCUCUUCACGCCCCUGCACCGCCUGGAGCGCGUCCACCUCAACCAUAACCCGUGGCACUGCAACUGCGACGUGCUGUGGCUGAGCUGGUGGCUCAAGGAGACAGUGCCCAGUAACACGACGUGCUGCGCCCGCUGCCACGCGCCCGCCGGCCUCAAGGGGCGCUACAUCGGCGAGCUGGACCAGUCGCACUUCACCUGCUACGCGCCGGUCAUCGUGGAGCCGCCCACGGACCUCAAUGUCACUGAGGGCAUGGCCGCCGAGCUCAAGUGUCGCACGGGCACCUCCAUGACAUCCGUCAACUGGCUGACGCCCAACGGCACCCUCAUGACGCACGGCUCUUACCGCGUGCGCAUCUCCGUCUUGCACGACGGCACGCUCAACUUCACCAACGUCACUGUGCAGGACACGGGCCAGUACACGUGCAUGGUGACGAACUCGGCCGGCAACACCACGGCCUCCGCCACGCUCAACGUCUCGGCCGUGGACCCCGUGGCAGCCGGCGGCGGCGGCGGCGGGGGCCACCUGGCCCUGCCCGCCCUGGAGCGCGACCACCUGAACCACCACCACUACGUGACGGCAGCCUUCAAGGCGCACUAUGGCAGCAGCCCCAGCGGCGGGGGCUGCGGCCAGGGCCCCCCGGGGCUCAACUCCAUCCACGAACCUCUGCUCUUCAAGAGUGGCUCCAAGGAGAAUGUGCAAGAGACGCAGAUCUGAAGCCGCCCGGCGGGGGGCCCCCCCGGGCCGGACUGGGCCCCUCCCCGUGGCCCUGGCCCCACCGCCGCCGCCCUAGGACCCGAGCAGGGAAGGUCGGGGAAGGAGGGUUCGAAGCCCCGCCCGCGCGUGGACCCCAGGGCGGCUCACCCCAGCGAGGACAGGGUGGGCUCCCGUCCGGAUCCUCCGCGGUUCUGGCCUGCCCCUCCCCCCCAUCCCGGGCGAAGGGAGGGGCUGCAGGAUUAGGGGGAAGUGGCUGGAACCCUCCGCUUUUCCGCCUCGCUCUCUCUACCAACCCUUCCGGGCCCUCCGCCUUCCUGGGGAGAGAGGAGCUUUCUGGGGGGGCGUCCUUUCCCCUCAUCCCCAACAACCCUCCUUUGACGGUUCAUUUUUUUGCAGUUUGACGCCUGUCCCUGCCCUCCCGCCCCUCCGCCCCCCCCUCCGCCCCCCAAACUGAAGAGACAGACGCGCGGUCAGAGCCUCCAGACACCCGGCCCUGCCCCCCACCUUCGCCCCCUGCCCUCACCUGCCCCACAGACUCUUUUGAUACUGAAGGGAGGUUUGCGUCAAUGACUACCUGCUCUGUAAUUACUUUAAAAAAAAACACGGAAAAAGUAAAAAAAAAAAUUUUUUUUUGGUCAUGAAA